UCAGACUCGACAGCGGCUGCUUCCUGCUGGGGGGCUUCUUCGGAGAGCAUCGCGCUCCAGUGUGCGCUGCUGUGCCCGCUGGAUGUUGAAAUUGCGCCGUGCGCCUUUCCAGGAGCCACCAUGUCCAACCCAACCCACGACCCGUUCUACUCGUCUCCUUUCGGACCCUUCUACAGGAGACACUCGCCCUACAUGGUCCAGCCCGAGUAUCGGAUCUACGAGAUGAACAAGAGGCUGCAGACGCGCACAGAGGAAAGUGACAGUUUGUGGUGGGACGCCUUCGCUACAGAGUUUUUUGAGGAGGACGCCACUCUCACGCUCUCCUUCUGCCUCGAAGAUGGACCAAAGAGAUACACGAUCGGCCGGACGUUGAUCCCCCGUUACUUCAGCACGGUGUUCGAGGGGGGGGUUACGGAGCUCCACUACAUCCUCAAACACUCCAAGGAGUCCUUCCACAACUCCUGCAUCACCCUGGACUGUGAUCAGUGCACCAUGGUCACCCAGCACGGGAAGCCAAUGUUUACAAAGGUUUGUACGGAGGGUCGUAUGAUACUGGAGUUUGCCUUUGAUGAUCUGAUGAGGAUCAAGUCGUGGCACUUUACCAUCCGGCAGUACCGAGAGCUCAUCCCCCGCAGCAUCCUGGCCAUGCACGCACAAGACCCUCAGGUGCUGGAACAACUGUCCAAAAACAUCACUCGCAUGGGUUUGACCAACUUCACCCUCAACUACCUCAGGCAGUUGUGUGUCAUCCUGGAGCCCAUGCAGGAGCUCAUGUCAAGGCACAAGACCUACAACCUCAGCCCCCGGGACUGUCUCAAGACAUGCCUAUUCCAAAAAUGGCAGAGAAUGGUCGCCCCACCAGCUGGACACCCACAGAACUUCAAAACGGAAAUAUUUCCCACAAAUCACAAAAAAGCUGGUCGAGCCAAAGCUGAGCCCGCCCGACAGACGACCACGAAGAGGAGGAAACGGAAGAACUCGGCCAGCAGCGCCAACAGCGCCGGCACCACCGCCAGCAAGAAACGCAGCCCCGCCACCAACUUCAGCCUCUCCAGUCAGGUACCUGACGUGAUGGUGGUUGGCGAGCCGACCCUGAUGGGCGGCGAGUUCGGGGACGAGGAUGAGCGUCUGAUCACCCGUCUUGAGAACACGCAGUACGACGCCACCAACGGCCUGGACGACGAGGACGACUUCAACAGCUCCCCGGCUCUGGGAAACAGCGCCCCCUGGGGGAGCAAACCCCCCAGCGCCCAGGACAGCAAGCCCGAGAGCACGGCGCCUCAGCCCUCGCAGUAAAACACAAAACGAAGACGAACAAAAACAACAGAUCCUUGACUCCAUGUGGACUGGACUUUUUAACCUCUCCCUUUUCCCCCUGAGGGCAGUGCUUCUACGCCUCAUAACAUUGAACUGAAUCAGAAUCUGCAAACUCACCACUUGGCUUGUCCAGCCAAAAGAUAUUCUGGGUAUUUUCUUCUGCUCUGAAUCACUGUUACAUCUUGGAGAACACUGGCAGCAUUGCACAGCAAUAUCCACAUGUCAAAGACAACAUCUGCAUAUAAGUUGUAUGCAACUGUAAUUUAAAAAUACCAAGGCGGAGACUCUUUUUUUUUCUCAAGAACGCAGUGGAACAUUGAGGAUCAAGUUCUCCCUGAGACACAAAGCUCUUGCUUGUGGAAUACUACAGCUGACAGUAGACAGAGGGGAGGAAAGAAUACGAAUGAAAACAACGAAAUGUCUCAAAAAUAAGGAGAGCUCAGAAGGCAAGGUGUUUUUUUUAAACAGAGCCAAUGGAAGCAUCUAACCACAUUGGAGACAAAUGAAACAUUGUUUGAGGCAAUUGCAUUUUUAUUGGAAAUUCAGUUGGCUGUCGGUUUGUUUCUGCUGUUGCUGUUUUAUUUCCAUUUCCAAUUAAGAGGAAAAUAAAAAGUUCUCUACCGAUAUGGACUCCAAUUCAAACGAGGGAAAAUCGUGUCCUAGGAUUGUUUUUUCCACAUUACUGCGGUCGUCACAGAUUGUGAUUUCAUGCAAACCAGUUUGAUUGUGUUCGUAGUCUAUUGGUAUUUUUGCUUCUCUCAGAAUCCUUUGCAGUCACGUUGUAAUUUUGCGCCGAUCAGUAUGUGAACUUUGCCGACACGCAUUGAUGCAUUAAUGUUGAUUUUAUUUUUUUGUUUUCCCCUCCCUCGGAAAUUGGACUUCUCUCCCUUUAACGACCUACUCCCAAACUGAUACUAAAGCCUUUUCCUGCAUGAUUUUAUAGGAUUUUUAUUUUGUUUGAUAUAUGUACUUUUUAAAAAAAAUAAACACAUCUGAUUUUUCCUUUUGGGUUCAUCAGUUUGGGAACACUGUUACAAGGUUUGUAGCUCUGUAAAUAGAGGUGGAAUCUAUUUUGUCCACUGUAAAUCAGCCACUGAAACCAGUUUGAGUAUGGCAGCUGUUUUCGUUUUGUACAGGAGGCUCAGAUUUCUGUAGGGUGGAUUGGAUGGACGCUGGUUUGCUACGAUUAAAAAAACUGUUUCCGACCUCUUUAGCUAGUGCAGAACCAAAGCCACAAAGUUAACACUCACUAAAUCAUAUUUCUUGAAUAUUGUGUUGCAUAAGAAGAAAACAAUUUUACAUUUUUUAAAAACAAUGCACAGAUUAAAUCCCAUCCACCCCACAGAAAAAGCUGGACAUCCCUGUAUUUGUGCUAUUCUUUAAUCUUUAAUUGAAUUGAUAAUAUAUCCCUGAUCUCUUUUGUUGGACUUUUGUUUGAAAAUGGGCAAGAAGACGGCAACAUAUGUCUUUAAACAAUUGGAUCUUAUGGGUAUUUAUUUGUGCAUUUGUAAGGAAGCUAACACAUUUCUAAAUAUGUUUGAGCCUAGUAUUAUUAGACACCAUUUGUACAUUAUAUAGCAGAGGUGUUCAGUGUCAUAUCUGAUGUCUGGUAUGUAUGCUUUACCAUUAUGUGUGCCAAUAAACCGUGCUUACAAAA